AUGAGUAAGGUGCAAAAGGAUAGUACCAAGCCCUUGGAUAAUUUUGGAAAUAUCCAUGAUUAUCACUAUGAACAUGAAACUCAUGCCCCUCUCUCCGUUCGUAUUAGAAAAGUUGGGGAUAUAGAGUUUCAUGCCUGCAGCGAUUACAUUUAUUUGUUGAUGACCCUUAGUAAAGAUCCUGAGAAGUUUAAUUUUGCUCUUAAGGAUAGGGUUAGUAUCAGGAGAUAUGUUCGCAAGAAUCAAAAUAGGUAUAACUAUUUUCUUAUUGAAGAACAUGUCCAAGAUAACAUUGUCAACAGAAUAAGUGAUCGUUUAAUUUCUUUUUGUACCGACAAAGAAGUUACCGAAGAUUACAUUAAGAAAGUUGACGAUUACUUAUGGGUUGAACAAAGAGUAAUAGAAGAAGUUUCUAUUAAUGUUGAUCAUGCAAGAGAAGUUAAGGAGAAGAAGCGUAUCAUGCAUGAUAAGAAAUUGGUCAGAAUGUUAUUUGACACCUAUGAAUAUGUCAAGGAUGUUAAAUUUACAGAUGAUCAAUAUAAGGAUGCAUCAGCAAGAGUAAGUCAAUUUCUUCUUGAUGUUGUUGAUUCUUAUAUAUUCAAGCCAAUACCUGCUUUACCCGUAAAACCUGAUGAUCCACAUCACAACAAUGUUUAA